AUGUCUGACGGUGAGUACACCCCAGAUCACUCUUCGCGAUGUCUACUGACUCUCUCUCAAGCCGACUUCGAUACCGUGAGGCGCCUGCAGGCAGAGCGCAACGCUCAGUCCGCUGGCAAGAAAGGUUCAAAGACUUUCGACCCAUCCAGUCAACGCACUGACUCAUCCACCAAGGCGUCUUUGACCGAUAACUUCGACAAUUCUCUCUACGAUCGAGAUGGCCCCGACAAGUUUGCGGGAUAUCACACCUCCCUCCCGGCCGAUGGCGACGACGACGAGAUGCCGGAUGCAGCUGAUACGAGGAGACUAGUUGGCCAAUAUACGGCCACGAAGGAUCAGAUCAAAGAAUUCGCUACGGGUGCUGGUGUGGAGGAGGAGGACAUUCUGCUUGGACGUGAGAAAUCUGCCAGGAUAGCAGAUCGUGAGACUGAUUACCAGAAGCGAAGGUUUGAGCGAGGUGCUCUUACUCCAACCAGAGCCGACCCCUUUGCUGCCAAUAAGCAUGCCGGAGUCACAGAAGGUGCUACAUAUCGCGAGGUCAUGCAACUGCAAGAGUUGGAGCGCGAAGAGGAGCGUGUCAAGAAACUCCUUGCCGAGAAGCAGGCAGAUGGUGACGCCCCGGAGCAUAAGCCCGUCCUCAAAGAAGAAGCCGACAAGGAAAAUUUGGACGCAGGAUCAACCGUCGAAGCGACGGGCCGAAAGCGCAAGAAGAGAUGGGACGUCUCCAGCGAAGACACUCCUGCACCGGACGGAGCAGAGCCGAAGAAGCGGUCCAGAUGGGAUCAAGCGCCAGCUCCUGAUGGUGCUCCCGCUCCGGCGAAACGUUCGCGAUGGGACCAAGCCCCGGCGUUGACUGCGGCCACUCCGGUUGGAAGUGCUGGUCUGGCAACGCCUAUGCAUCCUUCGCAGGUGGCACCCGUUGGCUUCGGCACCGACAUUUCUGGCCGGGGAGCUUCAUGGACAGACGAAGAGCUCGACAUGAUGCUUCCCUCGGAGGGCUACACGAUCUUAGAGCCUCCUCCCGGCUAUGCUCCCAUCAGGCCGGUUGCAAGAAAAGUCGCGGCCACUCCUGCAACAGCAGGUAAUGCCGCGGGUAUUGGAGGAUUUAUGAUGCAGGAGCCGGAGAACCCAAGAAUGCUGGGCAAGCAGUUACCAAGUGAAAUCCCUGGAGUGGGCGAUCUUCAAUUCUUCAAAGCCGAGGAUAUGGCCUAUUUCGGGAAACUGGUGGACGGCGCAGAUGAAAACGCCAUGUCGGUCGAAGAGUUGAAAGAACGCAAGAUCAUGCGGCUUCUGCUCAAGGUGAAGAACGGAACACCUCCGAUGCGGAAGACUGCCUUGCGACAGUUGACCGACAAUGCUCGACAAUUCGGUGCCGGGCCAUUAUUUAAUCAAAUCUUGCCCUUGCUCAUGGAGAAAUCCCUCGAGGACCAAGAGAGGCAUUUGCUCGUCAAGGUCAUCGACCGUGUGCUAUAUAAGCUUGACGAUUUGAUCAGACCUUACGUGCACAAGAUUCUGGUCGUCAUCGAACCCCUCCUUAUCGAUCAAGACUACUAUGCCCGCGUCGAAGGCCGGGAGAUCAUCUCGAAUCUCAGUAAAGCUGCCGGUUUGGCUCACAUGAUCAGUACCAUGAGACCCGAUAUCGAUCACGUUGAUGAGUAUGUCCGAAACACGACUGCCAGGGCAUUCGCGGUGGUGGCUUCAGCGUUGGGUAUUCCGGCGCUUCUACCUUUCUUGCGUGCGGUCUGUCGAAGCAAGAAGUCGUGGCAAGCCAGACACACUGGCGUCAAAAUUGUCCAACAAAUCCCCAUUCUCAUGGGUUGUGCAGUCCUGCCUCAUCUGAAAGGUUUGGUGGACUGCAUAGCAGACAACCUGAGUGAUGAACAAGCCAAAGUGAGAACGGUCACAGCAUUGGCAAUCGCUGCAUUGGCCGAGGCCGCAAACCCCUACGGUAUUGAAAGUUUCGAUGACAUCCUGAACCCUCUGUGGACUGGUGCGCGGAAACAACGAGGUAAAGGGUUGGCCGCCUUCUUGAAGGCCGUGGGCUAUAUCAUCCCUCUCAUGGACGAAGAAUAUGCCAACUACUAUACCAGUCAAAUCAUGGAGAUUCUUCUCCGAGAAUUUGCUUCUCCUGAUGAAGAGAUGAAGAAGGUUGUGUUGAAGGUCGUUUCGCAAUGCGCAAGCACCGACGGUGUCACGGCGGGAUACUUGAAAGAACAUGUCCUGGCGGAUUUCUUCAAGAGCUUCUGGGUCCGUCGGAUGGCGCUGGACAAGAGAAACUACCGUCAAGUGGUGGAAACCACUGUCGACCUGGGCCAAAAGGUGGGAGUCAGCGAGAUCGUCGAACGCAUUGUCAACAACCUCAAGGACGAGAGCGAGGCCUAUCGAAAGAUGACGGUGGAGACAAUUGAGAAAGUCAUUGCAUCUCUGGGUGCUGCAGACAUUGGAGAACGUCUGGAGGAACGACUGGUCGAUGGCAUGCUGUUUGCCUUCCAGGAACAGAGCAUCGAAGACAUCGUCAUGCUCAACGGGUUCGGAACGGUGGUGAACGCGCUCGGCACUCGCUGCAAGCCCUACCUUCCACAGAUCGUCAGUACCAUCCUGUGGCGGCUCAACAACAAGUCCGCCACCGUCCGUCAACAAGCCGCCGACCUGAUCUCCCGGAUCGCCAUGGUCAUGAAACAGUGCGGCGAGGAUGCGUUGAUGGGCAAACUGGGCAUCGUGCUCUACGAAUACCUGGGCGAGGAAUACCCCGAAGUGCUCGGCUCGAUCCUGGGUGCACUGAGAUCCAUUGUUACGGUUGUUGGCAUCAACCAAAUGCAGCCACCUAUCAGAGACCUGCUCCCUCGGCUGACGCCCAUUCUGCGAAACCGACAUGAAAAGGUCCAGGAGAACACCAUUGACCUAGUUGGCCGUAUCGCCGACCGUGGCCCCGAGGCAGUCAACGCGCGCGAGUGGAUGCGCAUCUGCUUUGAGCUGCUGGACAUGCUGAAGGCGCACAAGAAGGGCAUCCGUCGUGCGGCCAACAACACGUUUGGCUUCAUCGCCAAGGCCAUCGGGCCCCAGGACGUGUUGGUGACACUGCUCAACAACCUGCGCGUCCAAGAGCGUCAGUCGCGGGUCUGCACGGCCGUCGCCAUCGGCAUCGUCGCCGAGACCUGCGCGCCGUUCACAGUCCUCCCCGCCCUGAUGAACGAAUACCGCGUGCCGGAGCUCAACGUGCAGAACGGCGUGUUGAAAUCCCUGUCCUUCCUGUUCGAGUACAUUGGCGAAAUGGCCAAGGACUACGUCUACGCCGUGACGCCGCUGCUCGAAGACGCCCUCAUCGACCGCGACCAAGUGCACCGCCAAACGGCCGCGAGCGUGGUCAAGCACGUCGCGCUGGGCGUCGUCGGCCUCGGCUGCGAGGACGCCAUGGUGCACCUGCUGAACCUGCUGUAUCCCAACCUCUUCGAGACCAGCCCGCACGUCAUCGACCGCAUCAUCGAGGCCAUCGAGGCCAUCCGCAUGGCCGUCGGCACGGGAGUCGUCAUGAACUACGUCUGGGCCGGCCUGUUCCAUCCGGCCCGCAAGGUCCGCACCCCGUACUGGCGCCUGUACAAUGAUGCUUAUGUCCACAGCGCGGACAGCAUCGUGCCGUAUUAUCCAAAUAUGAAGGACCUAGGUCUGCCCAGAGACGAGCUGUACAUUACAAUCUGA